AUGGAGCGUGGAACAAAGUCACUUCAAGAGCUGGAAUGGGAUGGAUCCUUCAACAACCACAAACAGCGGAGACAUGAAUUAUUGGAGGAAAUAGAAACAGGGGAGGGGUGCGAAACAGGGGAGGCACGAAGAGGAGCAAGGGAAAGGAAGGAGGGAGGAAGGGAGGUGGCGGCUGGCUGGGCGGCGCGGCAGGGUUGCGCCGGUGGUUCAGCACGGCAGGGCCGCGAGGGAGAUGGUGGAUGGGGGCGGCGCAAAAACUGGAAAAAGAGAGGGGAGUGCGAGGGAGAAGACGGGGGUGCAGGGGUGGCGGUGGUGGAUGUGAGAGGUGGUUGGAGAAGCUCGGUGAUUGAGGGUGGCAGCGAGAGUGGUUGGGGUUGGUGGUUGUGGCACGGUGGUGCGGCGAGGGGAAGAAAGAAGGAGGCAGGGGAGGGGAGCAGGGAUGCGACAGAGGAGGGAGCAAGGGGGAGUACGGUGGUGGUCGAGUGA